GGAUUCCUCUGCGCCUGCCUUGGUGUAUUUACGGUACUCUAGUUCUAUGCACGCAGGCGUCAGAAGAAGCCGGUAAAAUUCAAAGUUGAAGGAGGAGACUCAUUGAAAUCACUGCACAACAAAAAGUCAGUGAUUUCACUGUUUGCAGCUCAUAAUGGAGGAGAAGGAGAACAGUGCUUUAAAAAGACCGAGAGAACCCGUGUGGGAAGACAAUGUCCCCUCCACAUCAGAGGGGAACGAUGAAAAGAAGCGGCGGCGGCUGGAGGCGGCCGGUCAGAGUCCAAAACCAUCCUCGUCAGGACUCCAAGCGGAGUUCUACUCCAAGCCGGACACACCGAUGGUUCCGUCAGUCCGGUCCAGGAUCCAGCAGCUCAGCCGAAGACGAGAGGGGGCAUCUCCGCUGGCCCAGCGGUGCCUCUCGGAUCCUGGGGGGUGCAGCCCGUCAGUCCCCCCCUAUGGAAGGGUCUUCAGAGAGGCUGCCAUUGGUCAGGCGGAGUUUCAUCAGCGACUGGAGCGUUUUAAGUCGCCCGACUUCCGGGCUUCUACCGCUCGAACGACGGGCCCGGCCACCACCCCCCAGAUGACCCGCUCCGACUUCGUGUCCGCCAUUCAGCAGAAACUCCACAGCACUCCAGCACCCAGCUCAAAGCAGGCUUCUCGCAUCCACCAGGAACGAGAAGAGGAGAUGAACCAGUUGCCUUUCCAACCAAUCAGUGAGAACGCCUGGCUGAAGAGGAGCAUCUCCGAUCCCGCGACGACUCGGAGGAAUUGUGACGUUGGGCUGAAGGACUGCAGCUUCUCUGACGCGAUCACGGCGUGCAAAGAGGAGCGAUCUUCACGUGGCACAGGUGGCUGUGACGCUCACGUGGAGCUUGACCGCUCCAAUAAGGAGCAGCUGCUCCCGGGACGGGAGGAAAGGGGUGAAAUCGGGGCGGAGGAAGGAAAUGAAGUCGGGCCGUCGGGGACCCGACAACCACCGACGGUGUUGAGGUUGUGCUUCAACGAGGAGCAGAGUUUCUCCGAAGCCCCUCUCGGCGAGGGGCGGAGUGUGGCAGCGGUCGAGGUUUCCAUGGCGACCGAAUUGUCUUGGCGCGACGGAGGAGGCGGCUCCUCGUGCAGCGGAGAGGGGAUUGAGCUGUCGGAGGAUGGGGAGCUGCGUUUGUGGCGAUAUCCUCGAGACGGGCAAGAGUCCGUUGCAGAUGGAGAACAGGAGGACGUUUUUGUCAAAGAGGAGGAGGAGGAGAGAGAGUUCGAAUCAUCCAGAGUGGACAAAGUGGAACCAGGUUGUGGCGCAGAACACGUCCCGGAUGGGGGAUGUCAGUCGGGGGACGGCCCCGUUGAGAUGCAGGAAGACGGGAAUUGUAGACCUGAGGAGUCCCAAAGCUCUUCAGAUGAACCCGUAAGACGCCCGUCUAAUUCGGGUGGAGACAAAGCGUCCCGUGGGGGACUUCAUGACGGAGCGGGCACAGAAGGCGUCGAUGUUUGUAUCAUAAAACUAAGCCAGAAAGACGUAGGCGGAUGUGUUGAAAGGGCUGAUCGACAGUCAAAUGAGAUCCAGUCAGUUCGCAUCGAAGGAGACGACACGGAUGUCGAGUCGGACAGAAGCGGCGGCGGCGAGCGCGAAACGGAGGGUUCUCCUCCGGCGGAAACGCCGACUGGUUGCACGGAGCUCCAGAUAGACGUCGAGGUUGAGGCGGCGUCAUCGAACGCUGAUGGAAGUUCGACGCGGGUCGCGGGGUCGGAUCACCUUUCGCAGGGCGAGCAAACGGAGCGGGACGCGCUGGGCGGGAGGCGGGGCGGUGCAGACGGGCCGGGCCCCCUCAAAGCGGAGGGAGCGGGGCGCCCAAAGAAAGUCGCCUUCGCCCCGGAGGCGAACGCCUCCACGGGGUCCGGCGCAGGCGGCGGCGGCACGAACGAUGCUGAGCUGAAUUCUUCCCAUGACACCAAUACGUCCCAAACCAUCGACCAGAUGUUCGAGGAGGUGCUGGAAUGUGCUGGAAGGGUGGAUGGGGAGAGGAGGGGAGAUAAAGACCCCGACAGUGGCAUUGGCGUUUCCCCCGGGGAUAAGGACGAGCCAGACGAAGAGGAGGAGGAGGAGGAGGAGGAGGAGGAUGGCGGCGGCGAGUCCAAGGAAAAGCCGUGCGAUGGGAGCAGGAGGCCUGAAAGCAGCAGCGACGAGCUGACCUUCCCUCCCUGCGGCAUCCUCUCUCCUCUCAGUAGGUCCGUGGCGGCCGUGGUCACCCCCCUGCGGCGGGCGGCGAGCCACGAGUGCGACCCUUCCCCAGGCGAGCGGCCCCCGCCUCCUCCUCUGUACAGUAUCGAGGACUACCGCACACAACGGCAGAGCGCGCUGCCCGCCGCGCCGAGCGCCGCUUCCGAUGUCCGGGGACGAGCUGCAGAGAAGCCUCGACCUCAGACCUCCGUCAGCACCAAGGAGAAGAUCACGGCGCUGCGGGAGGAAGCGGCGAGGCUGCAGACGAUGAUCAAGCAGACCCUGCAGGCCCUGAGCUGCUGCACCGACGAGGAGCACGGACGGGGCUCGCUGGAGGAGGCCGAAGCCGAGAAGCUCCUCCUCGUCUCCUCUGAGAGGCGCUCGGCCCUGCUGGCGGAGGUGUCCAGGCUGCGGGAGGAGGGGACCUCCGAGUCCGGAGGAGACGGCGAGCGCGUUUCCCAGCAGCCCUGCAGAGGGACGGUCCGCAUCGCAGACAUCCAGCUGCCUCUCAAGGUGGAGUUUGUCUGCUCCUCCCACAAGCGCGCAGGUCGGCCAAGCCACUACUUUUUCGUGCUGAUCCGCUACGGGCCGUGCAACGUGGUCGCCACGCCGCUGGCCACGGCUGCCGACGCCCAGAGCGGGGACGCCAUCUCCUUCCAGACCUCCGUCACGCUGAAAGACAUCCGCUCGACCUUUGCCAUUGACGUCGAGGUCUACAGCCUGUCGCACGUGUCGGGGAGUAAGUCCAGCGCGGAUCAGACCUCCACCAAGUCGCGGGUCACGCCAAGAAAGCUGCUCAACACCAUCACGAGAUCCAGUAACAGUGUGACAUCUGCGGCUCCCCCUGCUCUCAACGCCUCUCGCUCCAGCAACUUUGUUCUGGUCGGCUCCCAUCAGAUCACCUUGGCCUCGCUGGGACACAGCAAGUUCCCCCUGGAUAAGAUGAAACUUGAUGGCAAAAUCAGGAGGCUGCUCGGGGAGGAAUUUCAGGAAAAGGUGCCUUUUCUCUCGCCCCUGGAGGGCAACAUCUACCUGCGACUGGACAGCGACGGUCACUCCGACGUCCAGCACCAAGGCUUCCUGACGAUGUUCGAGUUGGUCGGUGGGUUCGGGGUGUGGCGUCGCCGAUAUUUUGUCCUGGUGGGCUGCGACAUGUUUCACUGGAACAACCCCAACGACCGAGAGAGCAAGGAGGCCGAGGGCAGCGUUUCCCUGUCCAGCUCCCGCAGCCGCUGCGUCCGCAGCGUGAAGAGAGACGCGUGUGCCCGACCUUUCACCUUUGAGCUGGUCAGCAGCGUCCCCGAGCAGCAGGACGCCGGCGCCAAGUUGUGGUUCUCAGCCGACAGCAAACAGGAGAGUCUGGACUGGAUGGAGAAGCUCAAUCAGUCGCUGUUGGACUUCAACACGUGGAGGCAAACGUCUGCAGCUCCAGUGUCGGCCGGUCAGUCGGACGCGUGCAGCAGUGGGAAGCUGAGGGAGAGCAUUCUGUGAAUCACACGUCCGCCUCCUCGUAGUUUACCUUGUUUACCUCCGAGUGGCAGCAGGUGAUGUUCUUCUUCAUCGCCUGUCUAGCAAUUGAAAUAUAUAUUAUUUCCUUUUUAAGAGAUCUAUAUCUAUUUGAUUUUCCCAUUGUUUAUUUCCUGUCUAAUCUGAAAUCAUUCUUUUUUUUUUUUUAACUUUCAUAUUCUUAUUUUCUUCAUUAUUUGAUUUGGAACUAGUUUUGUUUUGACAUUUUGGGGGGCGAAUCAGCUGCUUUAGCCUUUGUUGGCUAGAAAAUUUUGUCACUUUUGGAAGCUACAGGAAAACUUCUGGUAGCUUCUAUAUAUAUAUGAGAUCAUUUACACAUGUAUUGCAAAUCAUAUUGUGUUUUUGUAGACUGAAGGAUGAACAAUGUGUAUCGAUGUGCAGUGUUGAAGGACUAAUGUAGGCGGGAGAGGUGUGAGGACGCGCUGCUCCUGUUGACGUGUCCAUCAUAGGGGACGUUUGGCUGUGAACAGUUUCAAAUGCCACAAUCGCCUGGUUCUCCGUCCCGCGGCCUCGCAGGGUUCUUCCAUGUACCCCACCUGUAUUACCGCACACGUGUGAGCCCUUCAGGUGGCUUAUAAACCCACGUUAUGCAUCAUACGACAAAAGAAUGACCGUAGUGUGUUUGGUCUGAUGUCUGUCUCCUUUUACGUGUGCGUCCACCUGUCCGUCUGUCCCUCUUUGCUCUACACAAUAUUCAUGUGAACUCAUUUUCUAUGCAUUCAUUGGAGCUGUCUGUACAAUAAAUGGAUUGAAAUGGCUACGAAA